AUGGAUGUUGAAGAAUUUCGUAAAAGAGGCUAUGAAACCAUUGACAGAAUUUUUUCGUCAAGAGUAGAACCAGGAUAUCUAAAGCUGCUGCUUCCUGAAAAAGCACCGGAAGAACCCGAACCGUGGGAGGCAAUUCAAUCCGAUAUUGAAACGAAAAUUAUCCCCGGAAUUACACAUUGGCAAAGUCCCAAUUUCUUUGCCCUUUAUCCUGCCAAUUCCUCAUUUCCUUCUAUAUUGGCUGGCAUGUAUUCUGACAUGUUUAAUGUCAUUGGAUUCAAUUGGUCAAGUUCUCCUGCUUGUACUGAACUCGAACCAAUUGUUCUUGAUUGGAUGGCAAAACUCAUUGGAUUGGAUCCAAAAUUUUACAGUAAUGGGAAAGGUGGAGGCGUAAUUCAAGCAUCUGCUAGUGAAGCGACGUUAGUAACGUUACUUGCGGCAAGACAUAGAAUAUUAGAAGAAUAUAAAGAGAAAGGUGCGAAUGAGGAAGAAUUACGCAGCAUUUCAACUCGACUAGUUGCUUAUGGUUCGGAUCAGACGCAUUCUUGUUUAAAAAAAGCGGCAAAGAUCACAAAUACGCUCGAUCGUGCUCUUCCUACCGAUCAUAAUUUUUCUCUCCGUGGAGUAACUGUCAAACAAGCAAUUGAAAAGGAUAUUGCUAAUGGAUUGAUUCCAUUUUACGUCGUUGGAACGAUAGGAACGACUGAUUCGGCUGCAAUUGAUAAAUUAACUGAAAUCGCGAAUGCAAUCAAGGGUACAAAGAUAUGGUUACAUGUUGAUGCCGCAUAUGCUGGUGCAGCUCUUGUCUGUCCCGAGUUUAAAUAUUUGUUAAAAGGGAUAAAUCGAGCAGAUUCAUUCGAUUUUAACAUGCACAAGUGGUUAUUAGCCAAUUUCGAAUGUUCUUGUUUAUGGAUUAAUAACCGGUAUCAUCUUAUAAAUGCAUUGUCGGUUUCACAAGAUAUUCUUAAAAAUCCUGCGAGUGAUAGUGGAUUAGUUAUAGAUUAUAAAGAUUGGGAAAUUCCACCGAAAGGAUUAAGAGAACAUAUUAGAAAGAUGGUUAGACUCACGAGACAAUUUCACAAUAAACUCCUACGAUACCCCGAUUUAUUUGUAAUUUCAACACCUCCAAAAUUUGCAUUGGUUAAUUUUCAUAUUAAACCAAAUAAUAUUUUUACAAAAAGUUCAAAUGAACUUACAGAAAUUAUUUGUGAUAGAUUAAAUGAAAGUGGUAAAGUGUUACUUUCACUAACUAAGAUGAGAGGACAAAGUAUAAUAAGAUUCUCUCCUGGAUCUCCAUUAACAACAGAAAAACAUGUUGAUAGCGCCUUUGAAUUAUUAUUAAAUGUUGCAGAAGGGGUUAUUGCUUAUUCGUUAAAAAAUUAA